CAGUGAACAUCGGUAAAUAAAAAAGAAAAAAAAAACAAAACGAACUCGAAUAAAACUAUAACAAGAAAAAAUAUAAUAAAAUUAGUUAAUGUCAAUGAAACUCUAGUGAAAUGCCUUAUAAAAGAAGUUCUCGUAGUGGCACAAAGACAGAUGAUGAUUAUGAUGAGAUGCAGGUGCCCAACAAAAGAAAUAGCCGAGGUUCCGGGUCCUCAUCAAAGCCUCCAACCAAAUCCUUGAAAAGCGAUAAAUCGUGUCAAAACGGCAGCCAGAAAAAUAAAGGCAAACAAUUGACAGGAAACGCAGGGAAUUUUGAUCCGAAGCCAGAAGGAACCCCGCAGCCUUUGGAUAAUUAUGCCAGGCCACAUUCGACUGCAAGGUCAACCUCAUCGAAGGUCUCAAGCCUAAGACGUUCCGGAUCAGCAAGAUACUUGGAUAAUAAUGAAGAAAAUUCGGUUAGGGGAAGUGCGACGGCUACCGGUAACCCAGAAACCUUUAUUUUUUCCAGGCCAGCUGCACCGGAACCCUCGAAUAAUUAUGACGGGUCCAACUCAUCGAGACGUUCCAGUUUGAGACGUAUCUGUUCAGCAAGAAACUUGGAUAAUUAUAAAGAAAAUUCGAUUGGGAAACGUACGACGGCUACCAAACCAGCUUCGCCAGCAAGGUCUUUGAGACGUUCAACAUUAAUUCGUGCCUGUUCGGCAAGGAACUUAGAUAAUAAUAAAGAAAAUUCGGUUAUGGGAUGUACCACGGCUUCCGGUGCCCCAGAGCCCUCGUGUAAUUAUGCCAGGCAGGCUUCACCUGCUAAGUCCACCUCAUCGAGGCGUUCAAGCACUAGACAUUCCGGAUCAUCAAGAAACUUGAAUAAAAUUGAAGAAAAUUUUGUAAGGGGACAUACCGGUACAACAGAACCCACGGAGAACUCUGCCAGGCCAGUUUCACCUGCAAAGUCCACCUCAUCGAGGCGUUCAAGGACAAAACGUUCCGGAUCAUCAAGAAACUUGGAUAAUACUAAAGAAAAUUCAGUUGGGAGUCGUACCGGUGCAUCAGAACCCACAAAGAAUUAUGCCAAGCCACAUUCACCUGAAAAGUUUACCUCAUCAAGGCGUAAAAGCUCAAGACGUAGGGGCUCAGCAAGAAACUUGGAUAAUGCUAAAGAAAAUUCAGUAAGGGGACAUACCGUCACCCAAGAGCCCACGGAGAAUUAUGCCAGGCCACCUUCACCUGCAAAGUUCACCUCACCGAGACUUUCAAAUUAUGUUGAAGAUAUUUCGGUUAGGAGACGUAGCGUCACCCCAGAACCCAAGGAGAUUUUUUCCAGGACACCUUCACCUGAAAAGUCUACCUCACCGAGACCUACAAGUUAUAUUGAAGAAACUUCGGUUAGGGGACGUACCGCCACCACAGAACCUACGAAUUUUGCCAGGACACCUUCACCACUUUCACCUGCACAGUCCACCUCAUCGGGGCGUUCAAGCACUAGACGUUCCGGUUCAGCAAGAAACUUGGAUAGUAAUGCAGAAAAUUCGGUAAGGGUACGUACCGCCACCACAGAACCUACGAAUUUUGCCAGGACACCUUCACCACUUUCACCUGCACAGUCCACCUCAUCGGGGCGUUCAAGCACUAGACGUUCCGGUUCAGCAAGAAACUUGAAAAAAAUUGAAGAAAAUUCGGUAAGGGGACGUACCGUCACCCGAGAACCCACGGAGAGUUAUGACAGAUCGGGAGGUUCAAGUUAUGAUAAAGAAAAUCGGUUUAGGGGACGUCUCACAGGCACUGGUACCUGGAAUUCAAACAAAUCGAAUAACUCUGCAAAGUCUGAAGGGGUUAAGAGCACCAAGAAAGGUGGAAAGGUCACUAGAUCGCUUUUAACCCAUGAAGAAUUCAUCUCCCCAAAGAGAGCUAAGCCCAACGACAAGAAAUUGGAAGACGAAAGUGGUCCCUUCAUAGUGGUUGCACAGCAGAUAGCAGGAUCGAGUAAUAAUCCACAAAAUAAAAUUCCAAAGCAGGAAAAAAAUAUGCCCUUCAUUGAAAUGAAAAGUGCGAGCCCAAAAAGAAUCGAAGACAUGGUUAAAGACUGUCAGGAGUUGGAAAGUACGCUAAUGUGGGUCAAAAAGUCAAGUCAAGAUGGAGACGGCGCAGCCUUGAAUUAUCAUCCAGCGGAGCACAACAACUCGGGCUUCAAUUCUCAUAUCAAAUCCCAACUAUUUUCUGUGAGUAAUUACACCGAUACAACUAUGAAUCAUCAACCAGUGAAGCAUGUUAGCUUUGGCCUUAAUUCUAAUAGCAAAUUAGCGCCCCUUUCUAAAAGUAAUUACACCGAUGCAGAUAUGAGUGAAAUGGUGGAUAAGCCUGAAACCAGCUUUUUAAGACAGGGGAAACUUAAUCCAUAUGAAACCCUUUUUACCGAUGCUAAAUAUGAACCUUCGGUUUCAUCCGAAAAUAACCUUCCAGAAUUGCUGUCUGAAAUGUCUGAAAUGAUCUUUGAUGAUAUAACUUCAAACGAGAUCGAAAAUAAUGAAUCCCAACAAAAUGAUAAUGACGAUGACGAUGAGCAAAACGAUGAUGCAAGACGAAUUAAUGCUGAGCUGGACUUAAUUUUCGCAAGUGAGGCACCGCAAUCUUUCCAAGAAGAAUCGCCACCAGAGGAGAAAAAUCUUGAGAAGAGUCCUGCGCCAGCUGAUACCAAAGAAAUGGAAGAUGAUGUGGAUGCACGUCUUCAGGCAGAACUGGACUCCCUACCCAUGGUGGAGAUUGAGGAUGAAGUUGAACCCCCAAAAACUGAGGCUGCUGUUAAGGAACCACAGAAUACAGCUUAUCCGACACAGUACCUGCAAUUCAAUCCUCCACUCCCUGUAGCACCCGUUAACCAAAUGGUAUACUAUAAGCCAACGCAAGCUGCAAGUCCAGCCGUCUUUUCGAUGGCCCACCCGGUGGGCACAUCGCAUCGCGCCUUGGCCCAAGUUCCGAUAGUCACGCGAUUGAAGGGCGCCCAGGGAGAGGAUAUAUCCGUUAAGUAUACCAGAGGACCCGAUGGUCUAAUCACAAAUGUGCAAAUGGAUCCGCCCUCGAUGGGUUUGGGUCAGUCGCGAGGAAUGGGAAAGAGCUUUACAGCCUUUGAACUCCACCAGAUAUUGCAGAGUUCCCAGCCCUAUUUGGCCCUGCCCAUGACGAGUAAUGGAUGUCCGGGAGCUAUGCUCAAGGACCCACUGAUGACCAGGGAUGUUCCAGCAGUGUUCCCACCCGAACAGGCUGUGGAAGAUGAGGAGGUGGACUACGAGGAGAUCGGAGUGGCGGAUACCUUUGCUGCCUACUGGCCCAGCAAGUUGAAGGUUGGUCGUGCCCAUCCUGAUCCUGUGGUGGAAACGGCUACCUUGUCCUCAGUGGAACUGCCUGAUAUUACUUACCAACUGGAAUUGCCCUCGAAGACCACCGAGUGCCUGAGUGCCCUGCAACUGGAGGCAGUGGUCUAUGCCUGCCAGGCCCACGAGCAAAUCCUGCCCAGCGGCGAGAGGGCGGGCUUCCUCCUGGGCGAUGGAGCCGGAGUGGGCAAGGGGCGCACCAUUGCGGGCAUCAUCUAUGACAACUACCUAAAAGGCAGGCGACGUGCCCUCUGGAUAUCCGUGUCCAACGACCUAAAGUUCGAUGCGGAAAGGGAUCUCUCAGAUAUAGGAGCCCACGAGAAGGUUCGAGUGGUGCCUAUUAGCAAGUUCAAGUACAGUCGUAUUGACUCGGAGGAAAACGAGAACUUCCGCAGGGGAGUUAUAUUCUGUACGUAUACAGCACUCAUUGGAGAAUCCCUGACUGCCAACUCAAAGUACAAGACUCGACUACGCCAGUUGGUCAACUGGCUGGGCAAAAAGUUCGAUGGAGUGAUUGUAUUUGAUGAGUGCCACAAGGCCAAGAAUCUUAGUUUAAUGAACGUGGGUAAGUCCACCAAGACAGGAACCACAGUUUUGGAUCUGCAGAAGCUGCUGCCAAAAGCCCGAGUAGUCUAUGCCUCGGCCACGGGAGCCAGUGAGCCCAGAAACAUGGCCUAUAUGGUGAGAUUAGGUCUCUGGGGCCCAGGGACAGCCUACCCUGAAUUCUACGAGUUUGUGAAUGCGGUGGAGAAGCGGGGCAUUGGAGCCAUGGAAAUAGUGGCUAUGGAUAUGAAGCUAAGGGGCACCUACAUAGCUCGUCAGCUGAGCUUCAAGGACGUCAGCUUUCGCAUCGAGGAGGUGACCAUGCCCAAGUGUUUCCGCAAAAGCUACAACUUGGCGGCGGAACUCUGGGCCGAGAUCAACAAGAAGUUCCAGAGGGCCUGCCGUCUGAUGUGCAUUGAGAACCGGGUUCAGAAGAUAAUCACCUGCCAAUUCUGGUGCGCUCAUCAGCGUUUCUUCAAGAACCUGUGCAUCGCCUCCAAGGUGGACCAUGUGGUCAAGAUGACGCGCCAAGCAACGCGAAUGGGCAAGGCGGUGGUCAUCGGGCUCCAAUCCACUGGGGAAUCACGCACCCUGGAGCAUCUGGAGCGUCAUCAAGGCAAGCUCAGUACCUUUGUGUCCACCUCCAAGAUGAUCAUCCAAUCGUUUGUGGAGAAGCAUUUCCCGGCGCCCAAGCGCGACUCUUUUCAUCAUCUUCUCAACACGGGAGAGUUCGAACCGGAGGCCAGAUCCCGACCACCAAGAGCCAAAAAGGCCAAGAUGAAUCCCGACUGGUUCGACGAUGAUAUGGAUGCCGAAGCAGGUGAAAGUGAUAUCGAGAUGUACGAGAGCAGCUGGACGCCAGAGGAUGAGCGUACCAAAUCGGGACGAAAACGUCGAGGACGUCCACCCAAGGCGGAUAAGGUGGAGAAGAUUACCAUGCAGGAGCGCAUUCUGCAGCACCUUUGCAAUAACAUGAAGGCCCAGGAUAACGAUGGCGACCCCACCUACACUUUCGAUACUAGCAAACCCCAGAAGGCCAACAUCACCGAAAGAGAUGUGGAACGUUGUAUCAAUGCACGGGAACUGUUACUGGAGAAGAUCGAGAUUCUAGGCAAGAAGUUACCACCCAACACCUUGGACAAACUAAUCUCGGACCUUGGAGGCACCAAUCUGGUGGCCGAGAUGACAGGUCGUCGUGGAAGAGUAGUGCGAACGGAGUACGAUGGCUAUAAGUAUGAGCCGCGUUGCGAGAACGACUCCUCGAUGGAUUUGGUGAACUAUCGGGAGAAGCAGCGCUUUAUGGAGGGCAGAAAGCACGUGGCCAUCAUCUCGGAGGCGGCCUCCAGUGGAAUUUCCCUGCAGAGUGACAAGAGGGUCUCCAACCAGAGGCGUCGUCUGCACAUCACUCUGGAACUCCCUUGGAGUGCGGACAGAGCCAUCCAGCAAUUCGGACGCACUCAUCGUUCCAACCAGGUCAAUUCACCGGAAUACGUGUUCGUGAUCACGGAUCUGGCUGGUGAGCGGCGUUUCGCCUCCACGGUGGCCAAAAGGCUGGAGAGUCUGGGGGCCCUGACCCAAGGAGAUCGUCGUGCCACCGAUGCCCGGGAUCUAUCCCAGUUCAACAUCGACAACAGCAUCGGUCGCAGUGCCCUGGAGAGUGUGAUGCAACAGCUGACCAGGGAAAAGCCAAUGGAUCCAUCUGAAGUACCCCAAUCCUACAAGGGCGACUUCCUCUACGAUUGCAGUGUGUCCAUGGCUGGCGUGGGAAUGCUCAAUGUUCGUGAGGAGAACAAAGUGAAGGUGUUCAGCGUGGAGAAGGAUAGUAAUAACAUAUCCAAGUUCCUUAAUCGCAUCCUAGGCUGUCGCGUGGAAAUCCAAAACGCCCUCUUCAAAUUCUUUUUGGACAAGAUGUACUCACUGAUCAUGCAAAUGAAGCGCACAGGACGCUUCGAUCUGGGCAUCCUCGAUUUGGAUGCCCAUGGGGCCAGUGUAAAAUCUAUCAAGCGGGUGAGAUUUAUUAGGAAACAUGCCACCGGAACUGCGGCCACUGAACUGCAUACUGUGACUGUGGAACGGGGCAUGUCCUUUGAAACAGCCUUGGCCAAAUACCGAAAGGAGGGCCAACACGAGCACGAUGGCUUCUAUGUUCUACAGCAUCUGCGCCACAACAAGAACUCCUCAAUUUUGUGCCUGCAGGCGCAGUCCAAUUCGUCGGAUGCAACAUCCGGAAAGAUAAAUCUACAAAUCUAUCGACCGAAUACGGGUCCCCAAGUCCGUUUGGAGGCGCUCAGCUCGAUUUCAGCGCGAUAUGUCAAGGUAGAUCCGGAAAAGGCCCAAGUGUUCUGGCUACAGCAGUACGAUUUUUGCUUGAACAAGUGCUCCCAUGUUUACUGGAGUCGGAUCUGCCCGUAUCCGGCGAGCUGCGAAGUGGGACUUCGAGUGCGCACCUACCACGUGCUUUCCGGUCUAAUGCUGCCCAUUUGGGACCGGAUCGAGCUGAUAAUCGAAAAGAACAAUCAAAAGAUACAGAUCAUACGAGUGAAGACCGAUGUGAACACGAAGAUUGUGGGCACGGUGGUGCCGCAUGCCGUCUACGAUACCCUAGUGGCCGAUUUGUCCUCGGACUCCACCGUGGAGAUGAAGAACCAUUAAAAAUGACACCGCCCCCUAUAAUGUAUACGAUAUAACGCACAAUCGCCGCAGCAGCAGCAGCAGAGAACGCUUCUAUUGCCACUUUAAAAAUAUCAACUCAAAUUGUGGCAUUCAAGGCGAUACAUGUGGCGUAAGCUUUCGCUUUUUCCAAAUGCCAGGCACGCUCCACCAGCUCCACCAUCGAGGAGGAGAUCCCCCCAUCCAGGAGGAGCAGCCCGCCGAGGUUCCCGGCCAUAAACAAUGGCCACAAAAGCACAUACGGCAAGACACUUACAGCUCGUCUGCGUGCGUAUGUGAUUCAUAUGUAUUGUCUGCAGUGCUGCGGGGUCUGCCACACAAACACUGAAAAAAAUAAAUACACACU